CCUCCCGUCAUCAUGGCUGCUCUCAAUGACAGCAGCUUUGACCCCGUCACAUUUGUCCUGACCGGCAUCCCUGGCAUGGAGGAAUCCCACGUGUGGAUUUCUGUCCCCUUCUGCCUCAUGUACGUGGUGGCCCUCCUGGGGAACUCGUUCCUCCUCUUCCUCAUUGCCACGGACCGCAGCCUUCGCCAGCCCAUGUGCCUCUUCCUGGCCAUGCUCUCUGUGGCGGACCUCCUGCUGUCCACGGUCACCGUGCCCGAGAUGCUGGCCAUCUUCUGGUUCGGCUCCAGAAAGAUCUCCUUUGACGCCUGCAUUGCCCAGAUGUUCUUCACCCACUUCAGCUUCAUCGCGGAGUCCACCAUCCUGCUGGCCAUGGCCUUUGACCGCUACGUGGCCAUCUGCGACCCGCUGCGCUACAUGGCCAUCCUGACCCCUUCGGUGAUUGGGAAGGUGGCCCUGGCAGCCGUGGUCAGGGGGCUGUUCAUCAUGUCCCCACCCAUCUUCCUCCUCAAGAGGCUGCCCUACUGCGGCCACAGCACCAUGCAGCACACCUACUGCGAACACAUGGGCAUCGCCCGCCUGGCCUGCGGAGACAUCACCAUCAACAUCUGGUACGGCUUCACGACCACCCUCCUGUCCUCAGGGGUGGACGUGGUGCUCAUUGCCUUGUCGUACGGCUUGAUCCUCAAGGCCGUCUUCCAGCUCUCCUCCAAGGAGGCCCGCCUCAAGGCUCUCCGCACCUGCGGCUCCCACAUCUGCAUCAUCCUGAUGUUCUACAUGCCCGCCUUCUUCUCCUUCCUCACCCACCGCUUUGGCCACAACAUCCCCAGCUGCAUCCACAUCCUGCUGGCCAACCUCUAUGUCAUUGUUCCUCCCAUGCUCAACCCCAUCGUCUAUGGGGUGAGAACGAGGCAGAUACGGGAGCGAGUCUCCCAUGUGUUCUCGCGGACAGGAAGGGGGAGGUGCUGCUGCUAG